AUGCUCAACAUUGGCACAAUGCCAGUUUGCGACCUAGACCUCUCAACUCUCCAUGGGUAUGGGCCUUCGACAGACUUUGUCACCAGCGGGAAUCACCGAAGUGGCUCUGAGGACGAGUCUAUGGAGAGCAAUGCAGAGCAUCAGAGCACACAGUCGGCAACAGGAUCACCGCCGGAAGAAGCACAAAUGCUUGAAGAUCGACUACUCAGGCAUCAAGCCAAGCUACGAUGUCUAUAUUCAGCCGUUGAUACGACGAGUUGGUUGAGAUUCUCUAGACCAACGCAGAGCAUACGCAGAGCAACAGCAGCACCAUGA